ACAGGAAGUUUGUACUUCGGUGGAGGAAGUAGAGAAUAUGCACAGUGGCUUGCCUGCCGCGUUUGUGGACACGUUAGCUUAGCGUCUGAAAGAGAGUAAGAGAGAUGGAGGAUAGUACCAAGAUUGACUGCGCUUGAUAAAUAGUGUGAAAUGGAUUCACAGGAAGAGGCAACCUUGAACAUGGCGGCAAAUGCCGCGUUGUCACGUCGUCAUGGCAGCAGUCACAGGAAGCGCGCAUUGGGACGUCACGUGACCGUCGAUAACUCUGGAAGUGACUUCUCGCUUGACCGACAUUGGACAUCGACUAUGAUGGUAGACAAGUCAACACAAGUGGAAUCCCAGCGACAGGAGGUAGAGGCAGAUAAUAUGAGAAAGAAGACGAUUUUACAGGGAUUACUCAUCCUUGUGCUUCUCGUGCAUACCACGACCAGUCUGCGCAUGUUACAAGCAACCGUUACCCCGCCCCCUUUUUACAACCUCAUUUUGGUAAUCACAGUUCUGGCAUUGGUCUUUCAAGCCGCUGCAGGAGGACUCAUCACUAUUAUUGCUCUCAUGGAAAGACAUGAAAAACAAGACAUGGAGAUCAUAAGGAAGAUCAAUGACUUCACCAUCAAAUUAGUUUUUGUCGUAUUGUUAUUGUGUGUGUUUUUAUCAUCUUUGGUUCCCAACUUUAAAAAAGAUCCAAGUACUGAUAUACAUGCGCAUUCUAAUUCGGGAAUAGUCAUAGAGUGACAUUAUAAUGACUGCUAUAGCUUCGUACAUCUGGUCACUUUGAUGCAAUGUUACCUCGCUAGUUUACACACUACGUAACCAAUCGGAAAUUGUCAUCACUUUCCGUAAACGAAGUUUUAUCGUUUAGGGGAAAAGCCGACGUUUCCCGAUUGACAACGCUAGUCCGAACACUGUCACUAUGUGCAACCGCUCUAGUGUGGAUACUUUCGUACAGUUCAACUUCGAAAAUACGGCACAUUGUCAUACUCUGUAAACAUGUUAAUCCGGACACUGUCUAACUUUGAAGCCUUGUCCAUCUUGGUCACUAUUAUAUAUUGAACAUCAUCACUCCAGAGGCUAUUAUCAUAGAGUGUAACCUCGCCAGACUGAAUACUUUCAUACAAUGGAACCCGGCCGGACCGGACACGGCCAUACGAUGUAACAUCGCUGUCUCGGAACAUCGUUAGCCAGGACACUGCCAAAGGAGAGCGUGCGCCAUUUUGUACUAAAAGUCAAAUGAAUGCAAACAUGAAAUUGACAAGCCAUCUCUCCUAUUCUUUCUUUUUGAAUUAUUUUAUUCUUUUCUGACUGUUUUGUAUCUUUUUCUUUAUGGAAAGUGCUUCUGCGUCAAACUGCAAUACAAAAGUCACAUAUUAGGAGAAUUGGUCCCAGUAAUAUCCUAUUAUGUCUUUUUGGUAUGUAUAAGUGUGUCUUUAGCAAUUACUCAAUACUAAUUAUGCUUUAAUUUUACAUGAUAUAUAUCAUAAAACUAUCGCCAAGUCCUGGAAAACAUAAAUACAUGUAAAACUAAAAAGGUAACAAUAGUUUGCUUGUUUCGGCAAUUGUUUGUAUAAUUUCAUCAUUUAACCUGAUGUUUGUCAAUUUCAUGUCAAAUAAUUGUGGUCGUAUCCUUGAAAAUUCAAGUAAUGCAUGUGUUGAAAAUUCUGAUCAUUUGAAGAAGAUAUCGGAAUCCAGUCCGUCCUUUUUGGAAUCUAUAUUUAUGUAAUCUUCACAACGUAAUGAGUGAAUAAUCUGCAACGUCGAUCAGAAUACAACGAUACACUUGUAUCUGCAUGUGGUCUGCUUUGUCCUUUGCAAAUAACUCUUGAAAACAAUGGAUCUAUGACGAUAACAAUGACGCAGAAGUCAACAUCCUUAAAUAUUUCUCUGCGCGGGCAAUAGUUAUUUCUGACAGGACAAUAUUCUUUAAACCAUUGUCCUGGUUGGAGUGAACUAGAAUACUCUGGAACAGUCAAAACUAUCUAUGUCCAAUUCCCAUUACAUCUGGUUGACUUAAUUAAACAAUUGAAUUAAAACAAAGGUUCAUUUCCUUAAAUCAGCUUAUGCUUUCAAUACUCUGGAUAUUUAAAUGUAAAUAUACUUGUAAAUAUAUUCGCCGAUGCAGUAAUAUACAUGCUUUACACAACCAAGUGUUGUGAGAGCUAACUAAUGUGGGACCCCGCUGCAGAAUUGGGAUUUGCAUUUACUCCCUGUUCUUUGAGACAUAACAUCGACGACAAAUCUGUACAUAUUUGGAAAUUCCCUAAUUCCUUUUUAUUCUCGAACGCCUUAUUUGACAAUGUAUAUCAUUUUUAGCUUUUAAGUUGAAUGUUCGAACAUGUGGGGGAGGCGAUGAACUCUGUACCAAGGCCGGGACGCAAUAAAGUGCUUUACAAUGGUA